UGUUGGAGCUGUUAGGCGAUGCUCGUAUUGAAUAACAUCAUCGGUAACUGCGGUCAUCUUUCAAGCCAGCUGGCUCUAUCGUGGUCAUACGUUUCUUUCGUCGUAGCAAAAGGCGCAGCCCGGUCAAGAUGGUCAAACGGCAACGACGCAGCACGGGGGGAGGCCACGGGAAGCACCGUGCCAAGAAGAGAAAGGCUGCAACAAACCCGGGUCCCUUGGGCUCUUCUAGCGGCAGCGGCGAUGGCGGUGCCAAAGUUCCACGCUCUUUCAUCCUACACUCCGGAGCCGUUUCUUCCUCCGUCUCUACCCUUCUUCACGAUCUACGCUCCACUUUCGAGCCAUACACUGCAGCGAAUCUACGUCAGACGCGGUCCAACCGGAUGAAGGACUUUGUCAACAUUAGCGGCAUCCUUGGCGUCAGCCACAUGAUGGUGCUUCAUCAGCCGGGCAUGCAGCGCAAGAACAAAGCCAAGAUUGCUGCAGGUGAUACAUUGGGCUCGAAUGGGCAAUCCAGCGUCUCUGCUGCAAGCGACACGGGCAGGGUCAAUCUUCGCAUUGCAACGCUGCCGCAUGGGCCGACACUGACGUUUCGAGUGAACAAGUAUUCUCUACGAAAGGACAUUCUGCACUCCCAGAAACGGCCGCCGACACGCGGGAACGAGUACCUCACUCCUCCGCUGUUGGUUCUCAACAACUUCACUAGCCAAGCACAGACAGGGUCCGACGGCAAGCCUCUUGGGACUAAAGGGAAAGAGGUGCAGCUAAUGAUCAGCCUCUUCCAAAAUCUCUUCCCUCCGAUCCAUGUCCAGACUAUGCAUCUCUCCUCGGCUCGCCGCAUAGUUCUGCUACACUACAACCCGGCAACCAAAACGAUCGACUGGCGCCACUACAUCAUUCAGGUGCGGCCUGUCGGCGUCUCAAAGCGUCUUCGGCGCGUAGUAGAGGUGAACAGUGCGACCCCUGCGUCCGCUGUCGCCGCAGCUGCAGCCGCUGCCGGAAUUUCACUCGCAGGGACCUCCAACAAGCGGAAGGGCUUGCCGGACCUGGGCAACGUAAACGACAUUAGCGACUACGUUCUUGGCCGCCGCUCUCGAAUCGGCGGCGGCGAUGAGUCCAGGGACGAAGACAACGGGGACGACGCACACAGUGGUUUCGAGACGGACGCCUCCACCGACGCAGACGAUUCGGACGUCGAAGACGGCGAAGGCGGGAGCGCGCGCAGGAACACUGUCGAUCUCUUCCAAGACUACAUGGGCCGCGGCAAUGCGGGAAAGGCGAGCCAGCGUGCGCGGGAGGCCGGAAGCAACCAGCGUGCCGUCAAGCUGCGCGAGCUUGGACCGCGUAUGGAGUUGAGGCUCAUCAAGAUCGAGGAGGGUUUCGGAGGGGGAGAAGUGCUUUAUCACGACUAUGGUGCGUUCUUCGGCUCUUGCUUCUUUCUCUUACCAUUUUCUGCCGUGUUGAUCCAAUGAAUGCUCUCCUGGUUUUCACAGUGAAAAAGUCAGCAGCCGAUGCGGCCGAGCAGCGGCGCUCGCAUGUGGCGGCAGCCAAGCUCAAAGCGGAGCGUCGCGCCGAGCAGGAGCAGAAUGUACAGCGCAA